GAUAUCGUACUCAUUGAAUUGUUUACGUUCGCAGUGUGAACACGGAAAUAUUAAUAACUAAAUUUUUUUAUAAAAGUUUUAUUAUUAAAAUUAAUUUACUGAAUUAUUUAUUUCGGGUUUUUAAGUGACAAAUUAAGAACUAAAAACAGAACAAUGAAGACUUUAAUAGUAUUCUCCGUCAUGGUGAUGAGCUGCCUCGCGCAAAGGUCGCCGUAUGCUGGGCGGCUACCCAUCGGGUUUCCCUACGUACCACCUGCAACGGCUCCAGCGCCGUCAUCAGAUUUGAGUAACAGAUUUGGAGAUAGUGAUGCUGGCACCACUACCACAAUCAGACUACCCCUUGAAGCCCUCGGUGACGCAGAACUAGUGCAAAGGUUGAGCAAGUUGCCCAUCGACCAGCAACCCUUCUGGCUCAUCAACUGGAGAGCCUUAGAACAAAACAGGAACAACCCACAGACAUACCCACAAAGAGAAAAUAGCUUUGUCGAUAACGUCUCCAACUCUCUUCUCGUUAGUUAAAAAUAGAAUAAUGAACAUUUUUAAUUUUAGAACUUCACAAGCCCAAAACAAAAGACUGCAGAAUGCAAAUUAACAUUUUGUUCUUUAAAUUCUUGUCAUUAAUUUAAAUUUAGAACAACUCAUAUUCUGGAAUGUAAGAUCGAAUUUUAAAUUCAAAGACUAAUGACCGUUGAGUGAUAAUUAAUGACACCGCAAAUGGUUUUAAAAUCACUAUUAUUAGAGUCUGCAUAUUUUAAUUAAGUGACCAAAGUAUUAGAAAGAAUGACAUCAAUUAUAAUCAAGGUCUUUACAAUUAAACGAAGACUGCUUAAGUUAAGAUACCUAAUAUAUUUUCGAUGAAAAUAGUCAAAAUUUUAUAUAAGAUUACCUGUAAUAAAAUAAGUAAUAUCGAACAUGAAUUUUAUUUGCGUAUGAAAAUAACCUAAUCUACAUUAAUAAAUAAGUAAGAACCUACCUACUUGACGAAAAAAUCCCACGAAGUAAUUUGACAAAUAAAUCGUAAAAAGUAUGCGAAAAUAGACUGUUUUUCAAAGAGAAUUUUGCCAUGUAAAUUCUUGAAAUAUCAUCAAAGCGAAGUAGAAUAACUUCAUAGAUCUAUUGACAUAUUAUGAAUGAGUACAGAGAGGUAUAAAUAGUGUGCCAAAUAAUAUUUUAUUUAGAUAAAUAUAGGUUUAAUUUUCACAUGAAACAAGUUAUUUAUGAUAUAGUGUUAUUUAGUUGUGUAUGUGUGAGAGUCGUGGUGGCUUAAUGGGUAGGUAAAGGACAACCUCUCGAGUAUGAGGGUAUGGGUUCAAUUCCAGGUCAAGCAAGUAUCAAUGCAACUUUUCUAAGUUUGUAUGUACUUUCUAAGUAUAUCUUUUACACCAAUGGCCAAUAAAAAGGUGAAGGAAAACAUCUUGUAGAAACCUGGACUGUAAAAUUUGAAAUCACCAACCAGCAUUGGGCAAGCCUGGUGAUUAAUGCACAAUUCUUCUCUAUGCGAGAGGAGGCCUGUGGCCAGCAGUGGGACGAUAAAAAGGCUGUGGAAUAGUUUAACAAUGUCAUACGUUGGAAAAACCGUAUUGUCCGCACUUAACAGUAAAUUAAGUUCAUAUCAUAACAAACCCCUUUUACUAAAGCUAAUGAUUUAAUAAAUUAUUCCCGUAUUUCGCUGUAAUGGCCGUUCACAAUUUGUUUUCAAGCAAUAUUUCCUCAACUUAAGCAUUUAAGUGCCCUAAAUUGUUGACAAAACAAAAUUAUUCUAAAGUGAUUAAUGGUUUUAAUUAAUUCUUGCUAUUCUCUCUUAGUUAAACUUUGUUUUACCUGAUAAUUCUGCAGUUUAUAUUUUUCAGGAAAUGGCUUUUGUAAAAUAUUUUAGGAGUCUGGUUUAUAUUGUCUAAGUGGUUCAGAACUGAAGUAUUUUAAAAAUGGAACAGAACAAUAUGAGCUUACUAGAAGCGUACUGCUAUGAACUAUGAACUAACAGUCUAUAGAUACUAUGAUCAUAUCAUACUAAAAUAAAAUAAUAUAAAGUACAAAAUUAACAGCAGUAGUUGUUGAUAAUAAAAUUUAAAGUGACUGGAUUGAAUUGACUUCAA